AUUGCUUUAAGAUUCCUCCAUCACUUUUUAGCAAAAACAGAAGAUGAAGUUCAAACCAAAGUCAGUUAUAGCGAUUUAAAAGUAAAUAUAUUUGAACUCCCAGCUGUUACUAGCCUUUUCCUGUUGUUUUUUUGUUUGUUUACAGAGAAAUUUAGUGGGAUUAAUAGUUUCAGUCUAUAGCAAAAGUAUAGAUAUCUAGCAAGUACAAAUAUUGAAGUUCUGCAUGCUCACAAAAUAUGCUGUUGAAGACUGGAAAUACUCCUGAGGACAGCUGUACACUCUUAGUUUUCUUUAUUUGGUGGAGGCACUUAACGGGGGUUAUUUUGCCUCAGUUUUUAUUAUUAAUGGUAGAUCUUGAGCUACGAGAUUCUCGGAGUUGGAUGACCACGAUUGGGGGAACAGUGACUUUCCAUUUGUGGUCACCAAAACUGUAAGGGACCAGUUGUUAGUUGAACUUUUUUAAGUCCAUGGGGCCUGGCAGUCUUUACCCCAGGAUGCAGGAGUCGAAUGCAUCCUGCAGAGAGGCUGAGGACACUUGGUUGUCUGAUCUGGACAAAAGGAGGCUGAGAGGUGACCUUGCUGCUCUCUGCAACUCCCUGAGGAGAUGAAAUGGGGAGGGAGGUGCUGGUCUCUGCUCCCUGGGGACGCGUGGUCUCUGCUCAAUGGCAGGACGCAUGGGAGCAGCACAGAGCUCUGCCGGGGGACGGUCAGACUGGACACUCGGAAUAAUUCAUUUACUGUGAGGGUGGUCAAACACUGGACCAGGCUACCUAGCAAGGUGGUUGAUGCCCCAUGCCUGUCAGUGUUCACAAGGCGUUUGACCAAUGCCCUCAGUCAUAUGCUUUAACUCUUGGUUAGCCCAGAAGCGGUCGGGCAGUUGGACUUGAUGAACUUCAUAGGCCCCUUCCAACUGAACUAUUCUGUUCUAUUCUCACUUCUAGUCCUAGUCCUCUACGUAUUAAAGAGCUGAUCAAUAAGCCAGACUAAUCCACAGCUUAACCAGAGAUACAGAAAUACAUAAAUUUAAAUAAUCGCGUGCAACUGAAAGCAAAUCUUGUCAUAGCUGUCUUUUAGCUAAAUAUUCCAUAACGCUACAAAUUCAAUUCUAGCAAAUUUAAAAUUGUAAAAAUCCUAUUGCGAGGGUCUUGAGUACAACCGGGAAAAAUCUGUUUAGCAAGAAAAUUACCGUUUCUGCACAAGCUUGCAGGCAUGAAUGACUUUUUCUGGAAAGCUGUGUUUAAAAAAAAAAAAGAGAAACCAGCAGCAGGAACCAGGCAUUAAUCUCAAUUUGCUGCCUCAGAUGUAGCUUUUAAAUGUAACUGACUGCAAAUCAUAGAAAACUACAUGUAAAAGUUAUAUAAAACUUGCAUUGGAACAACUGAAAACUCAGGAAAAUACUGUAGCUUCAAACUUAAAAGCAAAACAAACAAACAAAAACAAAACUACACAGUUUUGUAAUUCCUUUUGAAAACUUUUAUUUUCUACUAUAUUCUACUAUUUUCUACUAUAUUCUUCUAUUUUCUACUAUAACCACAGCUCGUAUUUUGCAGAUAAACAGAACUUGACUACCCUCAAUAACCUGAAAUCAAGCCUUACUGGCAGACUCCUAGAACAGAGAAUGUGUUUGCUCAGUACAGCAUUUUUUAAAUACAGAGCAAGAAUACAAUUUACAGUAACAAUGUGAAUAGGUUGCCAUUUCUAUUAACGCACAGAUUUUCGUUUCCAUUUCAACUUUCAGGCAGCUCCUCGAAGACAGUUUUUUCUCCAACUUUUGUUCCCUCUGCCACAAUGAUAAUAAUCUGGAUAAUGAUCUAUUGUACAAGACUUAAUAAAUUAUGCCCGAGUUUAACAAAAAAAAAAAGCUUGAGAGGGAAAAAAAAGGCUAUUUUGAUUCUAAUGCCUUCCUGUCCAAUCUUGACUAAAAGUACAUUAAAAUAAAGGAAGACUCUCUAUAUUAGAGUGUUUUGAUGCUGUUGAGAUCAGGGUUGGAAAUGAAAAGGUAGAGUUCUUGUGGAUAAGGAUCAGAGGGUUGGCCAACAAGGCAGACAUCCUGGUGGGGGUCUGUUAAAGACCACCAAACCAGGAUGAAGAGAUGGCUGAGGCAUUCUAUAAGCAGCUGGUGGUAGUCACUCAAUUGCCAGCGCUUGUCCUCAUGGGAGACUUUAACUUCCCAGACAUAUGCUGGAAAUACAAUACAGCCCUGAGGAAGCAGUCUAGGAGGUUCCUGGAGUGCAUGUAAGACAUCUUCCUGACGCAUGGUUAGUGAGCGUAUCAGGGGGUGCCCUGCUAGACUUGCUGUUCCCAGAGAAGGACUGGUGGGAGAUGUGGUGGUUGGGAGCUGUCUUGGGCAGAGUGACCAUGACAUGGUAGAGUUCUCUAUUCCUGGUGAAGUCAGGAGCAGGGGUCAGUAAAACUGCUACCUUGGACUUCCAAAGGGCUGACUUUGAACUGUUCAGGACCCUGGUAGGGAGGGUCCCUUGGGAGUCAGUCAUCAAGGGCAGAGGGAUCCAGGAAGGCUGGAUGCUCCUCAAGAAGGAAGUCUUAAAGGCACAGGAGCAGGCUGUCCCCGUGUGCUGUAAGAUGAACUGGGGGGGCAAGACGACUGAUGUGGCUGAAUAGGGAACUUUUGCUGAGUCUCUGGAAGAAAAAGAGAGUUUAUGUCCAGUGGAAGAAGGGGCAGGCAACUCAGAGAGAGUACAUGGAAGUUGCCAGCAUAUGCAGAGAAAAAAACAGGAAGGCCAAACCCCACUAUGUGCUCAACCUGGUCAAGGAUAAUAAAAAAUGUUUUUUAUAAAUAUAUUAAUGGCAAGAGGAGGGCCAAAGAGAAUCUCUCUUCUUUACCGGAUGCAGGGGGGAACAUGACUACAGAGAAUAAGAAAAAGGCUGAGGUUCUUCACGACUUCUUUGCAUGUCUUUACUAGCCAGACCACUUAUCCUCAGGGUACUCAUCCUCCCGACCUGGAAGUCUGGGAUGAAGAGCAGAAGAGCCCUCCCACAGUUCAGAUGGAAACAGUUAGAGACCUGCUGCUCCACCUGGACUGCCACAGGUCCAUGGGGCCAAAUGGGAUUCACCCGAGAAUGCUAAGGGAGUUGGCGGAUGUGAUUGCUGGGCUGCUUUCCAUCAUCUAUCAGCGGUCUUGGUCAUCUGGAGAGAUCCCGGAUGACUGGAGACUUGCUAAUGUGACACCCAUCUAUAAGAAGGGUUGUAAGGAGGACCCAGGGAACUACAGGACUGUCAGCCUGACCUCGGUGCCAGGAAAGGUGAUGGAACAGGUCAUCUUGAAUGCAAUCACGCAGCAUAUGCAGGACAACCAGGGGAUCAGGCCCAGUCAGCAUGGGUUCAUGAAAGGCAAGUCCUGCCUGAUCAGUAUCAUCUCCUUCUAUGACCGGGUGACCUGCCUGGUGGAUGAGGGAAAGUCUGUUGACAUAGUCUACCUAGACUUCAGCAAGGUCUUUGACGUAGUCUCCCAUAGUAUUCUCCUGGAGAAGCUGGCAGCCCAUGGCUUGGACAGGUACAUGCUUUGCUCAGUUAAAAAAAAGAUGGAUGGCCAGGCCCAGAGAGUAGUGGUAGAUGGAAUUAAAUCCAGCUGGCGACCAGUCACGAGUGGUGUUCCCCAGUGUUGGGGCCCAUCCUUUUUAACAUCUUUAUUGAUGAUUUGGAUGAGGGAAUUGAGUGCACCCUCAGUAAGUUUGCAGAUGACACCAAGUUGGGGGGAAGUGUCGAUCUGCCGGAGGGUAGGGAGGGCCUGAAGAGGAACCUGGACAGAAUGGGUUGAUGGGCAGAGGCCAAUGGGAUGAGGUUCAGGCUAAGUGCAGGGUCCUGCCCGUUGGCCCCAACAACCCCAUGUAGCUCUACAGGCUUGGGGGAGAGUGGCUGGAAAGCUGUGCAGAGGAAAAGGAUCUGGGGGUGCUGAUUAAUGCUCACCUGAACAUGAGCUGGCAGUGUGCCCAGCUGGCCAAGAAGGUCAAUGGCAUCCUGGCUUGUUAUCAGGAACAGUGUAGCCAGCAGGACCAGGGAGGUGAUUGUCCCUUUGUAUUCUGCUCUAGUGAGGUCACACCUCAAGUACUGUGUUCAGUUUUGGGCCACUCAGCACAAGAAGGACAUCGAGGCCCUGGAGCAUGUCCAGAGAAGGGCUACGAAGCUGGUGCAGGGCCUGGAACACAAGUCCUAUGAGGAGCGGCUGAUUUAGUCUGGAGACAAGGAGGCUCAGGGGGACACCUUAUUGCUCUCUACAACUACCUGAAAGGAAGUUGUGGGGAGGUGGAGGUCAGCCUCUUCCCUCAGGUAACUAGUGAUAGGACUAGAGGGAAUGGCCUCAAGUUGUGCCAGGGGAGGUUCAGGUUAGAAAUUGGGAGACGUUUCUUCUCAGAAAGAGCAGUCAGACAUUGGGACGGGUUGCCCAGGGAGGUGGUGGAGUCACUGUCCCUGGGGGUGUUCAAGGAAAGGUCGGACAUGGAGCAUGGGGACAUGGUUUAGUGGGUGACAUUGGUGGUAGGGGGGUGGUUGGUCCACAUGAUCUUGAAGGUCUUUUCCAACCUUAAUGAUACUAUGAUUCUACGAUUCCCUUGUCCUAUUAGUUAGAACUAACAUUAUUGAAAAAGCGCAGCCAGCAGGUCGAGAGAGGUGAUUCUCCCCCUCUCGCUGAGCCCCCACCUGGAACACCACGUUCAGCUCUGGGGCCCGCAGCACAACAACCACAUGGAACUGUUGUAGCAGGUCCCAAGGAGGGCCAUGAGGACGAUCAGAGUUCUGGAGCACCUCUCCUAUGAAGGCAGGCUGAGAGAGCUGGGGGUGGUUCAGCCUGGAGAAGAGAAGGCUCUGGGGAGACCUGAUAGCAGUCUUCCAGUACUUAGAGGGAAGAUGGGGGAGGGACUCUUUAUGAGAGUGUAGUGACAGGACAAGGGGCAGUGGUUUAUAACUGAAAGAGAUUUAGAUGAGAUAUAAGGAAGAAGUUCCUCACUGUGAGGGUCGUGAAGCACUGAACAGAUUGCCCAGAGAAGCUGUGGAUGCCCCAUCCCUGGCACUGUUCAAAGCCAGGCCGGAUGAGACCGGGCAGCCUGGUCUGAUGGGAGGUGCCCCUGACUUCCUGUGAUUUUGUUAAUACAGGUGGAUCAAAGUUUUGACUGUUACAAAAGAAGGAAAGAAAACAACAACAGGGGUAGCAAGGCAGACCCUCCAGAGCACAACUGAACGUACACAUUUCAAGCUGGAUGCGUCAACCUGGACGCCCACGUACCUGCCUUUUCUGCUGAGAGGGAUUUCUCCGCCCGGUUCGUGGCUGCGCGCCGCUCUGCUGAGAGGCACCGGCCCUCCUGCCGCCUCCAAACGGCCGCCGUAGAAGCGUCCUCCAGCGACGCCUGCGCUCCGCAGCCGGCCCCACUUCCAGCCAUUCACCCCGGCAGCCUCCAGACUGCUGCGAGCGUAAGCGCGCGCGGCGAGCCCGCGCUAGGACCUCCGCUGCUGCCUCAGCGCAGGGGGCAGCCCGAGCCCGCCCUGAGGCGACUCCUCGAGCCCCCAGCGUGCGCUGCACGCAGCGCCUCGGCCCGCACCGACACGCCCACGUCCCCCUUCAGCAGAGCUCAAGCCCGCCCCCUGCAACCACCCCGACUCGCGCUCUCAAGCGAGCACGUGGCAGUCAUCACCCCACGUGGGCAUAUCAGCACACUCUGCUAAUCAGCGGUCUCCAUUCGCCUCUGGAGCGCGCGGGUAACAGCCAAUGGGAAACCAGCGCGCGAAGCCGAGGGGAUCGAGGCGGUUACUCGGCGGCAGUUGGCGGUGCUCGGCGGGAGGUGGUGGACGCGGUCUGGUGCGGUCGAGGCUCCUGAGCUUGGCCAGGCAACAUGCGUGAAUGCAUAUCUAUCCACGUUGGUCAGGCUGGUGUUCAGAUUGGCAAUGCAUGCUGGGAAUUGUAUUGUCUUGAACAUGGGAUCCAGCCUGAUGGUCAAAUGCCCAGUGAUAAAACUAUCGGAGGUGGCGAUGAUUCAUUUAAUACUUUCUUCAGUGAGACAGGAGCUGGUAAACAUGUUCCCAGAGCAGUGUUUGUGGACCUAGAGCCAACUGUAGUUGAUGAAGUACGUACAGGCACGUAUAGGCAGUUAUUUCAUCCUGAGCAGCUCAUUACUGGGAAAGAAGAUGCAGCUAAUAAUUAUGCUAGAGGCCACUAUACCAUUGGAAAAGAGAUUGUUGAUCUAGUGCUAGACCGCAUUCGCAAACUGGCUGAUCUGUGCACAGGACUGCAAGGUUUCCUUAUCUUUCACAGUUUUGGAGGAGGCACUGGUUCAGGGUUUGCAUCUCUGCUCAUGGAAAGGCUCUCUGUUGACUACGGAAAGAAAUCUAAACUAGAGUUUGCAAUUUAUCCAGCACCUCAGGUUUCCACUGCUGUAGUGGAACCUUACAAUUCAAUUUUAACUACCCACACAACACUGGAGCAUUCAGACUGUGCAUUCAUGGUAGAUAAUGAAGCCAUUUACGAUAUAUGUCGUCGCAACCUUGACAUAGAACGUCCUACUUAUACCAAUUUAAACCGACUGAUUGGGCAAAUUGUUUCAUCCAUCACCGCUUCACUGCGUUUUGAUGGAGCCCUCAACGUAGAUCUCACUGAAUUUCAAACUAACCUUGUUCCAUACCCACGAAUCCAUUUCCCCCUGGUAACAUAUGCUCCUGUCAUCUCUGCUGAAAAAGCAUAUCAUGAGCAGUUAUCUGUGGCUGAAAUUACCAAUGCUUGUUUUGAACCAGCUAAUCAGAUGGUAAAAUGUGACCCUCGCCAUGGCAAAUAUAUGGCCUGCUGUAUGUUAUAUAGAGGUGAUGUCGUACCUAAGGAUGUUAAUGCAGCUAUUGCUACUAUCAAGACUAAACGUACCAUUCAGUUUGUGGAUUGGUGCCCAACUGGAUUCAAGGUGGGCAUUAACUAUCAGCCUCCAACUGUGGUGCCAGGUGGUGACCUUGCAAAGGUGCAGCGGGCUGUGUGUAUGCUGAGUAAUACAACUGCUAUUGCUGAAGCAUGGGCUCGCCUUGACCACAAAUUUGAUCUCAUGUAUGCUAAACGUGCCUUCGUACAUUGGUAUGUUGGGGAAGGAAUGGAGGAAGGAGAAUUUUCUGAAGCCCGCGAAGAUUUGGCUGCGCUUGAGAAAGAUUAUGAAGAAGUUGGGGUAGACUCAGUAGAGGCAGAGGCUGAAGAAGGGGAUGAAUAUUUAGAAAACUGAAAUCUGGAAAACUAUAUUCAGCAAAAACAACAACAAAUUGCAGAACCCUGUUCACUUGUUUGAUUGUUUUCAAAUAAAGUUUUAAAGGUU